AUGUCUUACGAUCGAGUUCUCCCCAACCCUAUUGCUUUGCGCUAUGAGUCUGCCCAAGUCCCUUCUCUCAGACCGAGCAACCUCCUCGAUCACAAGAUUAUGAACGAUCUACCCAAGCCUACUAUGGUCAUGCGACAUGCCGAUGGAGGCCCAGUGGGAGCCUCUGUCAGAUACGCUGAUGCUCGACCAACGGGGCUAUCACAAACUCAUCAGCACAUGUCUUCACUGAGGGGAAAAGACUCCCGCAAUAUGCCUUCGAAUGGUCCGGUCAAACCUGGUCCUAUGCUGCAUACCCAGGAACUACCCGAACACUCGGAUCGAUCAUCAUCUUCUUCAGCCGGCAGUACCAGUCCCAUCAAGACGAAAGAACAUGCUAUGCAGUUCUGCCUCUGCCAACCGGAUCCGAAAAUCCCUCGUCCUCGUAAUGCUUUCAUUCUGUACCGCCAACAUUAUCAAGCCAUGGUUGUGGCUCACAAUCCCGGCUUGGCAAAUCCUGAGAUUUCCAAGAUCAUUGGAGAGCAGUGGCGAUCUCUUUCGGAUGAUGACAAGAGCAAAUGGAAGGCCCUUGCAGAGGAGGAAAAAGCUCGUCAUCAGCAGCAAUAUCCUGACUACCGCUACCAACCUCGGCGAUAUGGUCGGGAUGGUAGUGCCCGCAAUCCCGGCUCUGGUAUCGGUCACAACCCAUCGGGAUCAUCACACUGCAAUAGAUGUGGUGGUCGACUGAUGAAUGCACCCGCUUCUCCCAUGACCCCGUUCACACCGAGCAGUGGGCCAGGGUAUCGACCGUCAGGGAGCUUCUCAGUGGCAUCACCUCACCCCAAUGCAAUGCCACCAAGAAGCAUGCAAGGCCGCGAGAAGGACCCCAAUAUGCCCCCAAAGCCAGCAAGGAUGGAGCAGUCCGAUUCCCGAGCUCGGCAAAGACAGUGGGAGGAGUCCGAUGAUCGAUCUGUUGAGCCCGGUGCUCGGUCUCCGGAUAAUAAACGCCGCCGCGUUUCUCACGCUCCAUUCCAUCCAUCUCUGCAUUCCUCCUAUCGAGACCGCAGUCCUGGAAGCGGCGUUCCCGAGUCACCAUACCCAAUGAGUCCUUGGAGUGCUCGUCCUGACAUACCGCCACGUCACCUCCCAAUGCUUCAACCACAGCGGCCAUACCCAAGUGUCCAGGCCCAGCCACACCCGGAUCCAAAUCUGAAGCUACCGCCGCUCAAGACAACAAGUACACCUGCGCCCACACCUACAACACCGUUUCCACAAGAAGGAUCCAGCGUCGAAGCAACUGUCAUGACGAUACCCUUCCUCAACAAGAUCAAAGUCCUCUCCAGAAUCUCCCCACCACUGCGCCCCUCCUUCCGCGGAAUUCCUCCACCCCGCGGUCCCGUGAUCGCCGUUGACGGCCAUGAUCCAGAUCUCGUCCAAACAGCCGUCGACUUCCUCGAGAAGCUCCUCACAAAGGAACCCAAGUACCACAUCCGGGUCUUCGACGGCCCCGAAGUCAAGGCACCCUGCCCCACCUCCGCAGAAGGCCAAAUGGGGGAUGCUACAGUCGCCUACCUCAACACAAUUUCCGCCUGGCACCGCGUAUCCGACGAAGUAGUCCGCUUCGUCAAACCCAUCUCGAGAGCCGGCUCCGUUGACGCCGGCUCAACAGAAGACGAAGAACCCCCAGCCCCAAACGUUUCCCCGCGCUCCCUCAUCCCCAAAACCGAAAACCUCCACAUCCACUCCCCGGCUCAGCUGAGCGAAAACGGCUCCGAGGGUAGCGUCGCGACAUCAGCCAGUCACCAUACCGUGCCGAUCGCUCUCGUCCCGCGCUACCAGCUCACUACGGCAGAUGCAUUUGCCUGUUCCAUUCCCAUUGGUGACGCGUACGCGCCGCUGGAUCACUGGCAGUGGAUGGCAUCGCUGUGGCGCGCGUGUGUAGGACCUGAUAUCACUGUUUACAUUCGUGAGUGCAGUAAGGAGGAGUUGGAGCGGGUGGGUGGGAAUCCUGUUGAGGUGCGGUUGCAGGAUGCGCGCACGAUUGUGGUGAGAAAGGUUGUUGGGCGGGAUUUGGAGGAGAAGGCGUUGAAGCGGAUGGGUUUCGAGAUUGAGGAUUUCCUUACUCAGUGA